AUGGAUACUACGUUCGGAAGGAAACGUCGUCGUGAUGACGACGAUGGUUUCAGCUUCUCUGCUGUCAACGAAAUUCCCAAGAAAACACCAAAGCGUGCUCCUCCAGCACAAAACAUGCUCUUCUUUCAAUCUCCUACUCCCAAUGUGCCGAACACCCCAUUCGGCGAUGUCUAUCAGCCUGCGGCGAAACGCGUGCGAUCGAGCAAGACUCGACAAGAAACUACUGGCUAUGUUACUUUCGACAGCCCUCAUAGCGAGAUCGUCUUCUCGGAAGUUGACAGCAUCAUGGCAGGCUUCGGAGAGUACUUGAAGCUACGGGCCAACGGUGGUGGGGCGAAGAAGAAUCAAGGUGUGGCUGCCAACCGUGAAGGCAUGGACAGUGAAAUGGGACCGUUGGCUCUAUCUACGCACUUCAUCGACCCUGCAAACUACCGGAAAAACCAAUGGAUUGGCCGCAGCAUGAACCACCCUGAACCAGCACCAUCUUUACUUCGUCAGCAGACUGGCUUUGACUAUCCAGUCCCAAAAGUCACUGGCAUAUUGGCUUCGAUCGAGGAAGCUGAGGAGUUGCAUAGACGGCAGCAACAACCAGGCAACAUGACAACGAUAACCACUCAGCCCAAAAUCAUGCUGUCUCCAGGAACGCAGCCUCGUGACCCUGUUCCUCGUCCUGUUCAACUACCGGAAAAGUCCUAUCAGAAUGUUCCUGUUCUCAACCAGUUCCAACCUCGUCAAACUUCUUCUGUCCAACGCCCCUCCCCUGGCUUCCAACGUCAGAAUUAUGCUCCACAGCCGACACGAGCCGAAGUGUACCCUCUUGUUCAGAAGCAGAUGCGGGUGCCUGGUCAAGCUACGCCUGUCCAACAUCCUUCAUCUGGCCUUCAACACAAUACCCCCGUUCCACUACCAACACGAGCUGAGAUAUACACUCUUGUCCAGAAGCAGAUGCAGGUGCCCGGUCAAGCUACAUCUAUCCAACAUCCUUCACCUGGCCUUCAACACAACACACCUGUUCCACAACCGACACGAGCUGAAAUCUACGCUCUUGUCCAGAAGCAUAUACAAGUUCCUGAUCAAACUGCUUCUGUCCAGCGUCCUUCACCCGGCCUUCAACACAAUACCCCCGUUCCGCAACCGACACCAGUCUAUCAGUACAGUCCUUCGGUCCGAAACCAGAUGCAGGAGCCUGGUCAAGCUGCGUCUAUCCAGCAUCCUUCACCUGGCCUUCAACACAAUACCACUGUUCCACGACUAACGCCAGUCUAUCAAUACAGUCCAAUUGUCCAGAACCAGGUGCAAGUGCCUACUCCAACUGCUUCUGCGUCUGUUCAACAUCCUCUAUCAGGCCUUCAACCCUCUACCCCUGUUCCGGAGCCGACAACAGUCUAUCAAUACCCUGAUCCGGUUCAGAACCAGAACCAGAUACAAGUUCCUGAGCAACCUUCUUCUGCGUCUGUUCAACAUCCUUCACCUGGCCUUAAUGCCUCUACCCCUAUUCUGCAACCAACACCAGUCUAUCAACACACUACUUCAGUCCAGGACCAGAUCCAGAUCCAAAUGCCUGAUCAAACUGCUUCUGUGUCUGUUCAACAUCCUUCACCUAGUGUUCAACCCCCUACCCCUGUUCCGGAACCGACAUCAGUCUAUCAAUACACUACUCCGGUCCAGGACCAACCUGAUCAAAAUGCUUCUGCGUCUGUCCAGGAUGAGGACCCUUCUUCUUCACAUGGUCUUGAACAACAACACAAUCCGGACGUCGAACCCGCCACCGAGACCGAAGCUGCACUCCUUGCUCUCGGUGUCGACGUUUCGGACUUUGCCCAACUUCCUCCUCCGGAGCCUGAGGCGGCUGCGUUCGUCGAGAAUGAGGCUGGCUUGCCGAGUGACGCAUUGCCCGAAUUCAAUUUCGACGAAUUUGACAUGUUCAACAAGAAUCACGCAGUCACUAGUCUGAGCGACGCAUUGCCCGAGCUCAACUUUGACGAAUUUGACAUGUUCAACGAGAAUCAGCCAUACAAUCCGAGCGAUUGGGGCUUCUAA